AUGUUCUGUGAGUCUCUAGAGACAGCAGAGGGAUCCUGCAAAGCAGGAGAUGGCAGGGAAAAACAGGGAGAAAAGCUUAAAGUCACAAAGGGACUCGCGCAGCAGCAGCCCUCAAGUGUGUCAUUGCUCCUGCACCGCCAUGCUGCCCAGUCCCCAGGCCAAUGCCUAGUAGAAGACAUGGAUGGGUCAAGGAAAGGAGGGUCAGAGACUCUGAAAACCCCAGGCUUUCAUAUUCGUUCAUUACCAAAGUCAGGAAUUGCUCUGGCAGAAAAUUCAGAUGAACAGUUGAACUUACCAGAUGAUUUUACUGUUCCUUACAUGGCCUAUCUGCAGUCCAGCCCGGAGCCCUGUGUGGGGUCUCUCAUUCACCCUGAGUGGGUAUUGACCGCAGCUCACUGCCCCUUGCCUACUAAAAUUCGACUGGGAGUUUAUCAACCCAGCAUCAAAGACAAGAAAGAGCAGAUACGGAAGUACUCAUUGACUGUGCCACACCCUGAAUUUAAUCCACAAUACCUGAAUAAUAACCUGAGGCUGAUAAAACUCUCCAAGGUUGCUGUGCUGAACAACCAUGUGGGAACUAUAGCCAUAGCUAUGGAGCCUAUGGCAUAUAAUGAAUCCUGUUUUAUUCCAACCUGGACCUGGAAUGAAUACAAAAACUUUAGUGACCCCGAUAUCCUGACAUGGAUAAACCAAUAUUCUCUUUCCUAUAAAGACUGCUGGAACACCUUGCAACAAGAACAGGGAGAAAUCGUGAACAUCAUGUGUCUAGGGAAGCCUCUAAAUGUUGUAACUGAUGUUAAGGUAUCUCUUCCUCUUUCAGCUGCUCCAGCCAUCUGUGGUGGGAGACUACAUGGAAUUUUGUCCUGGUCAAAAGCAGGUGUCACCCUGGGAAAUGAAGGGUUCUUCACAGAAGUUCAUCCCUAUGCAAGAUGGAUCAUGGAAAUCAUGAAUUCCUACUGA